GUUCGGUAGUGUAUACAGAAAAGAACGCCCGUCAUUGUCUGCACGCCACGCCACACCGCGCCACCCCGUCAUUGCUUAGUAUCAAAAAGAUAGCAAUCAUUGAUCUAGCUAUGCAUGCCAGCCAUGUCACCACUCACACGCUCAUGCCAUUGCGGCCGAGUGGACGGCCACCCGCACACCGAUCGAAUUCUCCACCGCCAGACCGCCGACACACCAACGCGUGUAUAUGUGUGUGGCACCGCCUCCCUCCUUGUCUCUUCGCUAUGAUGACGACUGGCACUCUGCGGAGGACGGAGCGCUCUCCCCCUCCAUGGCCGCGAGGGCGGCCCGCCGCUUGAUCAGCUCCCAGUCGUAUGUCGGGGCUGCCCGCGGCCGGCUCACCCAACCUACUCACACAUACAGGCACACAGAAUGAGCACAGCCUUCCCCUCCCCAGUCCCACUACAAGUGCUCUUCUGAGUGCGUACUCUUCACGAAGAUAUUGGUGGCGAGGAGUGCAGGGAGCAGCAGGAGCGGCCAGUACGAUGGCGGGGCCUCUGUGCGCAACGUGGGCCGGCCCAAGUUGUGUGUCCUGAAGCCCAAAGACACACGAGAACAUGACAGUCCACCUGGCCACCAAAAGAGUGCGUUGCCUUACCACCGUGUGGAGCCUAGAGUGGCUGCGACAGUGCUGGUGCGGACGGUGCGGCUGAAGAACCCAGAAGCCAUGGCCAUAGACGUAUCGGUGAGUGCAAGGGCGAGUGAACGGACACUUAGUCUAGGACUCGCACAGGAAGUUCUUUGCUGAAACACGGGAUGUGUAGGGAGCUCCCGAAACGGAGGUGCUUGAGCGAAGAAGGAAAGACAGAGACCUCGAC